AUGAUUUUGGAGGAAAACUAUAAUGCUGCAGUGGACUGGUGGGCAUUGGGAAUCAUUGUUUAUUUGAUGGCUACAGGACAUUGUCCUUUUUAUUGUGGCAAAUCAACCUACAGAGCGGUUGAUUCAACCCUUUUUGCCACGCCAUACUAUCCAUCAUACCUAAGCAAUGACACACAAGAUUUCAUACAAAAGGUGAGUGUGGCUGUAUCAUAUCUGCAGAAUAAAGUCAUGAAGUAGGAAGACAUGUUAUAUUGAACAGUUGGAUGAAACAGCGGGUUGAGUUACGUUAAAGAAGUAUUCAGAAGCGGACCUUUCUGGAUGUAAAACAGGACCUCUGUAACAAAGAGUUCAUGCUAAGAAAUGCAAUAAUGAUAAUACAUGUUGCUACAAUUUGACAUUUUAUUAAGUUUAAGGAUGACUCCAAGCAUCAUAACCAUUAUAGCCCACUCUAGUGGUUAUUAUGUGAGAAGUACCCUAGCCCCGUUCUCUGCUAAUGGCACAGGCCACUUUGCAAUAGUAAACCUUUUUACCUGGUUCCCAUUGGGUGCCAUGGGUGCUUGCAGGCCUGGUGAUGUGCAACCAUCUUCUGAGGAGGUGCAGAAGUAAAUGCCAUUGCCAUUCAUCGGCUGAGAGCGUCAGCAGAUCACUCUUAACUAAUAAAUGCAACACUGUGCAAAAAAAUAUGCACAGAAUUGAGAUUAGCUGGCUAAGCAGCUUGUUCCAGGCUGGCUAAUGAUGCCCCAAUGAUUCUGCCAGCAGUAGAGCUACACCACCAGCAGCAAAGAGGGUAAAGCUCAAUAUGUGCAGCAUUUCAUAAUAAAACAUUACACAUCAAGACUACAGGCCUCAUGACCACUCCAAAGAACUGAAGUGGUCACGAUGCUUGAAGUAACACAUUAACGUAGUAAGUUAUAAUUGAAUUAACAUAGUUUGGUAUUAUUCUAUAUAUUACUUCAUAUAAAUUACAAAUUUUAUUGAUUUUGUAUUGUAUGUUUGAAGGCAGAGGUAGUUUUAUUAUGUACUUUUUUUCUCUUUGCAGCUUCUCUGUAAAACACCAUCCCAACAUUUGGGAAAAGAGGGAGAUAUUCGCAGACAUCCCUUCUUUACAUCAAUUGACUGGAAAGAGCUGGAGGCUGGAAGAGUAGUCCCCCCUUUCUCAAUAUACACAGUAAGUAUAAGAAAAGAAAGUUUUUGCCUUUAAAGCUGCACAUUUCAAAGUCAACCUCAGGUGACAAGUCCACAUGCAAGUUUGUGUCAUUCGGUGGAAAAGGGGAAUGGAGUUACUUAUCUUAAAAUCUGUGUCAUCAGUUCCACCUUCCUCUCUCCAGCUCCUGAUUGAUGAUGUUACCAGGUCUCAUGUAUUCAACAUUUGGAGGUUUACUGAGCUAUGGAUGUUAAUAUAAGACAAUGGUACACUACACAGAUCAUUUAACACACAAGUAGUAAGAAACUACAGGAAAGUAUUAAGCAUUGAGCAAGAAGUUGCCCAUUUUUCAUCCACCAUCAGAGAGAAUGGAAAUUAGUGGUGUUCAGAAGCUCAUCAAAGAUCAGUCUUUUGCCACAUUUUGCCAUAAUUCAAAGCACACAUAAAACAAUUUCAGUGUUUUUCACUAAAGUAAGAGUUCUAUCUGAAUUUGAAGUGAAAUUUAAAUUUAAGGUCAAAAUAGUUAAAAUGUGAUAAUGCUCUAUGUCAGCUACACUACUAGGUUGGCUACUUUGGCGUUAAAUUUGACAUUUAUUUUGAUUUCUCACUUUAGUAAAUAACCCUGUUAGUCUUUCUUUUGUCAUGUGUAGAUAUUUUAAUUACAAAGAAAUUUCAGUGAAACUCCAGAUGACUUCAGUGAGUACAUGACACAGUGGUUUAGCUUGGGGGAAAGCUCAACAGCUUCAGGUUUGCAAUUACUUUUCCCAAAUUGAGCAUCUCAGGGUAGUACACAAGGGCCUUGAAAUGGGCCAAGACUGUCAUUUAAACUUGGAAACAAAUGCUUAGAGAUGAAAAACCAAUGCAAAAAAGACCUUAAAGCAGCUUUGUCUAACAUUUACUAAGCUUAUGCUUUGCUCACAUCUUUUCUCCGUAGAAAUAUGUCCAAGUCAUCACAAACACUUUAGACACUGGCGAUGUCUUGUCAUCAGAGGCUGGGGAAGAACCAAUUGAUGAUGAAAAUCAAAAGCUGUUCAAAGGGUUCACAUACAUCAACCCCGAAUGGAACAUCUCAGCCCAGCCAACAUCAGCGUCUUCAUGCAUAGCACCAUCAACCAAAAGUAAAAGAAAGAUGGUUGAGAGUGACAGUGAGAAACAAUUAACUCCAUGGAAAAAAAGAAAAUUGGAAUUAGACCAGCCAACAGCAGCGUCUUCAUGCAUAGCGCCAUCAAACAAAAGGAAAAGAAAGAUAGUUGAGAAUGACCAUGAGAAACAAUUAACUCCAUGGAAAAAAAGGAAAUUGGAAUUAGACCAGCCAAUAGCAGCAUCUACAUGCAUAGCGCCAUCAAACAAAAGGAAAAUAAAUAUGGUUGAGAGUGACAGUGAGAAACAAUUAAUUCCCUGGAAAAAAGGAAAUUGGAAUUAGACCAGCCAAUAGCAGCGUCUUCAUGCAUAGCGCCAUCAAACAAAAGGAAAAGAAAGAUAGUUGAGAAUGACCAUGAGAAACAAUUAACUCCAUGGAAAAAAAGGAAAUUGGAAUUAGACCAGCCAAUAGCAGCGUCUUCAUGCAUAGUGCUAUCAAACAAAAGGAAAAGAAAUAUGGUUGAGAGUGACAGUGAGAAACAAUUAAUUCCCUGGAAAAAAAGGAAAUUGGAAUUAGACCAGCCAAUAGCAGCGUCUUCAUGCAUAGCGCCAUCAAACAAAAGGAAAAGAAAGAUGGUUGAGAGUUACAGUGAGAAAAAAUAAAUUCCAUGGAAAAAAGGAAAUUGGAAUUAGACCAGCCAAUAGCAGCGUCUUCAUGCAUAGUGCUAUCAAACAAAAGGAAAAGAAAUAUGGUUGAGAGUUACAGUGAGAAACAAUAAAUUCCAUGGAAAAAAAGGAAAUUGGAAUUAGACCAGCCAAUAGCAGCGUCUACAUGCAUAGCGCCAUCAAACAAAAGGAAAAGAAAUAUGGUUGAGAGUGACAGUGAGAAACAAUUAAUUCCCUGGAAAAAAAGGAAAUUGGAAUUAGACCAGCCAAUAGCAGCGUCUUCAUGCAUAGCGCCAUCAAAUAAAAGGAAAAGAAAGAUGGUUGAGAGUUACAGUGAGAAACAAUAAAUUCCAUGGAAAAAAGGAAAUUGGAAUUAGAUCAGCCAAUAGCAGCCUUUUCUACUAAAACGUGAGGCGUGAAAGAAUACACUGCAGUGGUUCCCAAACUUUUUUCUCUUUAGUACUCCUUGGAAGCCUGUUUCCAUAAAUAGUACCCUUUAUAUUAGCAAAAUAUUUGUAAUUAUUAUAGUUGCUGUUCUUUCAAAUUUAUAUGCAUUUCUCUGUCCCAUCUCCCCCUUUUUCUCUGUUCCAGGCUCCUCACAGUGCAGAUACACACAUGUGGAUACACAAACACACAGACUGACACACGUGCAGAUACACAGAUACAAAUUCUGACACAAAUACAGAUACAGACACACAGAUACAAACACUGACAUACAUACAAAUGAUGACAUAUUCAUACAGAUAGUUAAUACAGAUACACACACUGACACACAUGCAGAUACAUAGAUACAGAUACAAGAACUGAGAUACACAUGCAAAUGAAGAGACACAUGCAGUUGCACAGAAACAAUGACACACAUGCACAUACCCACAGAGAAAACACUGACACACAUAGAUACAGACACAUAGACUGACACAUGAGGUACAGACAGGCACUUUCACACCUGUAGAUAUACAGAUGCAAACACUGACACACAUACAGUUGCACAGACACACUGAUGCACAUACUGUCAUGCAUGCAGAUACAUACACUAACAUACAUAUAGUUGCAAGGACAUACUUAUACACACACUAACACAUAAACAAAUGUAGACACACAGGUACAAACACUGCCACACAUGCAGACAAACAGAUGGCAACACUGCCACACAUAUACAUACAGACACAGACACACAGAUACACAUACAGAUAUAAACAUUGACACACAUACAGAUGUACAGACACACACACACUGCCACACAUGCAGAUACAUAGACACACAGAUACAAUCAUUGACACACAUACACAUACAGAUACAGAUUCACAUGUAGAUACACAGACACACAUGCAGAUAAAUGGACACACACACACACACACAAAUACAGAUAUACAGAUACAGACAUAUAGAUACACACACUGAAACACACAUACAGACACAUAGAUACACACACUCAUAUGCAUACAGAUACAAUGACAAACACAGAUACCGGCCCAAGACAUUUUUCUGCCUGGGUCCCCCAAAACAACGCCACCAAAACAUGCCCACAAUCAUUAUGUUGUAUUAUGAUAAUUAAAACCAAAAUGAAAUAUAUUAUGAUUUGUCAGUAUAUUUAUAUCGGCAGACAUUUUGUGUUAAGACAGAAAUUAAAAGUGUAUAUUGCCAGUCACACUCAGAACAUAGGUGACUCCAUAUUGUAUUACAAGGCCAAGACAGACACAGAAUUUCUUUCUGUAACUCUAUUAAUUCAAGUCUGAGCUAAGGAAUGCGUUAUGUAAACAAGAUAAGUGAUAAGGCAUGGUGUCUCACAGCAGAAGGGGGAUGGAAUACUAACCCAGAGACAAAUGUAUACAGUAUUAUAUAUACACAUACACACUAUCCACUUAUAAUUACUAUUAGUAUAUUAUCAUAUAUAAUUAGUAUUAUGUUAAUAAUAUAGACUAUUCAUUGAUAAAUAUCAAUGAAGAAAUAUAUUAUUUAAUAAUGUUAGUAAUUUUACACACAGCUUCACACAAGAAAGCCAAUGACAGAUAACCCUAAGUAACUAAUGUUAAUUUCUAAAAAAAAAAAGGUUAGGAGGUGUCAGUUCUAGAAUUACGAUCAAAGUUGCCGCCGCUAAGUCUGGGUAAGAGAGAAACAAAGCCUUUGAAGUUGGCAGGAAUUUAGAUUUAUAGUAACCAUAAAGAUAGCUGAAAAUGACAUCAAACGCAUCAUCAAUUUCAGUUAACCCAUUAUGCAUAAAGGCAAAUGGACCCCAUGACAAGAAAUUUUGGUGAUGUAAUUGCACCAUCUACUGACUAAAAAUAGAUGAUAGUCUGUAGGGAAGACACACCUACAGUUCCCUAUUGGUCCUAUCAAUUAGUGAUGUGCAGAGAGUUUGGCCCUGUAAAAAGUAAGGACAAAGGAAAGAGAGGGAGAUUCAACAUUCAAAGAUUCAAAGACUCAGAGAUUCAAACACUCAGCUCUUUGGAACACAUACACUUUGACCACAUUCAAACUCUCUUUGAAACAUUUGGACUGUACUCAAGAUACUCUCUCUUAACACACAUAAUUCUUAAUACUUUUUUUAUUACAUACAAUCCUCUAUACAUCAAUCAUACUUCCAUUAAUGCCUGGGACCUAUCUGAUAAGAAAAUCUACAACAUAACUGGUAAUUAUGCUAAUUUUAUUUAAUUAAAUUAAAUUAAUUGACAUUUUAAUAAUAGCAAGAAUAUAUGUCUGGAUAAAUCUUGGUCAGAUUUCAAUCAUUAGAAAUCUUAGUUAGCUAAGGAAUAUGUGGUUAUAAAAAUUUCAUUCCUGCAGGUGGAAUAAAGAUAACAAUAUAUUAAAGGUGAUAUUUGCCAAAGGUUAGCAUGCCACAUUUAUCCAGAUGUAUUGACUUGUUCUGAUAUAAGAUAGUGAAUCUUAUUUAGGAAAGUUAAAAUUGAGCAAAUGUAAAAUCUGGUAGAAUUAUUCUUAUUGGAUGGUCCUAGGAAAUGGUUAAUGAUCUGGUAUGAUUAUAUAUAAUUGAAAAAAUUACAACAGAAUAGGAUAUCUUGCUUAGGAGGAUUGUAGCCAGCAGUGGAAGGGUUACUCAGUGUGAUCUAACUGAAAACCAAGUUUUAUUGCUUUAGGCUGUGCUGUGUGUUCUGUGUGAAGUUAGUUUCUAAGUGAAGUAACCUAUCAUAAAUCUUGUUAAGUUCUUGACAAAUGGUUGUUUUUAGCCACUGUAUUAUGUUUAAACCAUUGCCAUAUUGUAUGGCUACGUUAUACCUAAAUAUUCACUGAUUGUCAGGCAUGUUACAUAUUUUUAUCAUUUUAUUAUUAUUGUCACAAUAAAUUAUAUUUUUAUAAUCAAAUUGUGAUCACUGUUUGAAGUAAAAAUCCUCUGAUGAACGUCCUCUGGGAUCUAAGAGAAUUAAAAAUUGUGAGUAAUUUUCAGGUUUAUAUUAUCAUUUUCGGGGAACCGCGCCAAGAUAUCAAUUUUGAUAUAAUAAAAAUUAUUUAAUACAUUUUUGAUAAAUUUUAUGAAAAUAUUAUUUUAAUAUUUUUCACCCCAUAAAUAUCCUCACAGAUUAGAUAAAUACAUUCCAGUAACAUAUUUAGAUAAUUGCACAUUAAAUUAAAUUUUACAACAUAUAUGCUUCUGCAGUGGUAAUAAAAUAUUAGCUAAGUACAAUAUACAUCAAUCACUAACAAUAACAAAACAAAAAAAAGUAAGUUAAGUUGUCACGUAGGAAGUAGUGGUGUGUGUGCUGGAGAUGUAGUAUGUCUGUGUGUGUGGGCUGGGGAUGUAGUUUGUGUGCUAGGGAUGUAGUGUGUGUGUGAUGGAAGAUGUAGUGUGUCUGUAUGUGUGCUGGGGAUGUAGUGUGUCUGUGUGUGUCCUAGGGAUGUAGUGUUUAGUGUAAGUCUGUGCUUGGGAUGUAGCAUGUCUGUGUGUGUAUGCUGGGGAUGUAGCGUGUGUGUGCUAGGGAUGUAGUGUGCAUGCGCUAGGGAUGUAGUGUGUGUGUGCUAGGCAUGCAGUGUGUCUGUGUGUGCACUGGGGAUGCAGUUUGCCCUGAUUGCUCUGCUCAGCUCCCUCGCAUGCCGCAGAGCGAGGCUGGGGACCGGAAUAUGACGUCAUAUUCCGGCUCCCAGCAUCACUCUACGGCGCGCAAGGGAGCUGAGCAGACAGCUCAGGGGAAAGUGCUCCCUCGCCAGCCACCCGCCCAGCAGCCCAGCAGCCCCACUAGACCCCAGGGAGAAAGAGAACCCCCCCCAGCAUUCCCAAAGGUAAGGAGGCUGGGGGGUUAAAUACAAAAAAAAUUGUUAAUGUGAGUGUGUGUGUGUAUGUCUGUUAGUGUGUGUGUGUGUGUCUGUUAGUGUGUGUGUGUGUCUGUUAGUGUGUGUGUCUGUUAGUGUGUGUGUCUGUUAGUAUGCGUGUCUGUUAGUGUGUGUGUGUGUCUGUUAGUGUAUGUGUGUGUGUCUGUUAGUGUGUGUGUGUGUCUGUUAGUGAGUGAGUGUGUGUCUGCUAGUGAGUGAGUGUGUGUUUGUCUGUUAGUGAGUGUGUCUUUUAGUGUGUGUGUUUCUGUUAGCGAGUGUGUGUUUCUGUUAGCUAGUGUAUGAGUAUCUGUCAGUGAAUGUGUGUGUGUGUAUUUAGAAGGCGGGGCGGGGGGAAGGCUUGGUUGGGGGGGUUGAGGGGGCCUUAGUUUUGUCCUGCCUAUGGCAGCACAAAACCAGGAUACACCACUGGUGUGCACUGGGGAUGUAGUGUGUCUGUGUGUGCUGGGGAUGUAGUGUGUGUGCUGGGGAUGCAGUGUAUAUGCUGGUGAUGUAGUGUGUGCUGGGGAUGUGGUGUGUGUGCUAGGGAUGUACUGUGUCUGUGUGUGCUAUGCAGUGUGUCUGUGUGUGCACUGGGGACAGUGGCGUCACUAGGGGGGCAGAGAGGGCCAUGACCUCCCCUACAUCAUGCUGUGCCCGCCCCCAGUGCUCCCCCAAAUGACGGCAACUUGCUGGCCAUGUGCUUAAAUUAUAUUCCCUCGGACUGUUACAGUCUGGGUGUUUUCACCAGUUUUCCCAGCACAGGACCCUCCCCCAAACGAAGCCCCAUCUCCUGCACAUAACCUCUGCCCCUGCCGUUAAGCAGCAGACCUUGCUGCUGUUGGAAAGGCCAGAAGAUGGCUGUCUGAUCACCCAGCAACAGCCUCCAGUGACAGGUAGGCUUGAUAUGCUCAGGUGUGUGUGUGUCUAUCUGACUGUCUGUCUGCUAAUGAGGAAGCUUGUGUGUGUGUGUGUGUGUGUAUGGACUCAGCAGUCUGUGUGUGUGUGUGUGUGUGUGUGUAUAUGGACUCAGUAGUCUGUCUUUGUGUGUGUGUAUGGACUCAGCAGUCUGUCUGUGUGUGUGUAUGGACUCAGCAGUCCUUGUGUGUGUGUGUGUCUAUUUGUAUGGACUCAGCAGUCUGUGUGUGUGUGUGUGUGUGUGUAUGUAUGGACUCAGCAGUCUGUGUGUCUGUGUGUGUAUGUACUCAGCAGUCUGUGUGUGUGUGUGUGUGUGUGUGUGUGUAUGAACUCAGCAGUCUCUGUGUGUGUGUGUUUGUAGGGACUCAGCAGUCUGUGUGUGUGUGUGUGUAUGUGUGUUUAUGGACUCAUCAGUCUGUGUGUCUGUGUGUGUGUACGGUCAGCAGUCUGUGUGUCUGUGUGGUGUAUGGUCAGCAGUCUGUGUGUGUGUGAGGACUCAGCAGUCUGUGUGUGUUUGUGUGUGUAUGGACUCAGCAGUCUGUGUGUGUGUAUGUGUGUGUGUAUGGACUCAGCAGUCUGUGUGUCUAUUUGUGUGUAUGGACUCAGCAGUCUGUGUGUCUGUGUGUGUGUAUGGUCAGCAGUAUGUGUGUUUGUAUGGAUUCAGCAGUCUGUGUGUGUAUGGACUGAGCAGUCUGUGUGUGUUUCUGUGUGUGUGUGUGUGUAUGGACUCAGCAGUGUGUGUGUGUAUGGACUCAGCAGUGUGUGUUUCUGUAUGGACUUAGCAGUCUGUGUGUGUGUGUGUGUGUGUAUGGUCAGCAGUCUGUGUGUCUGUAUGGAUUCAGCAAUCUGUGUGUGUGUGUAUGGACUCAGUAGUCUGUGUGUGUGUAAGGACUCAGCAGUCUGUGUAUGUUUCUGUGCGUGUGCAUGAACUCAGCAAUCUGUGUGUGUUUCUGUGUGUGUAUGGACUCAGCAGUCUGUGUGUGUGUAUGGACUCAGCAGUCUGUGUGUCUGUGUGUAUAUGGACUCAGCAGUCUGUGUGUGUAUGGACUCAGCAGUCUGUUAGUCUGUGCGUGUGUAUGGAUUCAGCAGCCUGCGUGUUUGUGUAUGGACUCAGCAGUCUGUGUGUGUGUAUGGACUCAGUAGUCUGUGUGUGUGUAUGGACACAGCAGUGUGUGUGUAUGGACUCAGCAGUCUGUGUGUACGUGUAUAAAUCAGCCUGUGUGCAUUCAGCAACGUCUGUGUGCAUUCAGGAGUCUGUGUGCUAUCAGAAAUCUGUGUGUGUGUGUGUAUUCAGCAGUCUCUCUGUGUUCGUAUUCAGUGUUCUGGUUCUUGCUUUCAAAUCUCUACAUAAUGCUGCUCCCACCUAUCUAUCCUCCCUUAUACACAAGUAUGUCCCAUCUAGGCCCCUACGAUCUGCUGAAGACUGACGUCUAUCUUCUGUCUGUACUCCCACCUCUGAUGCUCACCUUCAAGAUUUCUCGAGGGCUACACCGUUCCUGUGGAACUCGCUUCCCUCCUCCGUUAGAUGCUCACCCAGUCUCCACUCCUUCAAAAAAUCGUUAAAAACCUACUUCUUCAUAAAAGCGUAUCAAUUAAACUGUUAAUAGCUCCUGACUGAUUCCUCAUCUGCAACUGUCACUAGUCUAAUACUAUCCUUACCUUUUUGUGUCAUUUUACCCCACUCCCUCUAGCAUGUAAGUUCAUUGAGCAAGGCCCUCAACCCCUCUGUUCCUGUGUGUCCAACUUGUCUGGUUAUAACUACAUGUCUGUUUGUCCACCCAUUGUAAAGCGCUGCGGAAUUUGAUGGCGAUAUAUACAUAUCAUAAUGAUAAUAAUGUACUCAGCAGUCUAUCAAUAAUUCAAAAUUUUAUUCCUGUGAGUUGUUGUGUAGGAAGGGCCCCAGUGCACUGCUUUGCCUGGGGGCCCAUAACGCUGUUAAGAUGGUACUGCUUGUGUGUGAGUGAGCUUGUCUUUAGUGAGCUUGUGUGUAUCCCUGAACUUCUUUGUAGUGAGCUUUGUGUUUAUACAAGUGAGUUUGUCUGUAGUAAACUUGUGUGUGAGUCAGACAGUUUAGGCCCUGGGGAGAUAGUGCAGCUAAGCGGACAGUGGCUCAUGUAUGAGUGUGGGGAUAGAUGCAUGGGAUUGGUUGGGAAAGAAUGUGUGGGUGGAAUUAUGUUCUGGGAAAGAAUGUGUGGGUGGGAUUAUGUUCUAUGUAAAUUAGUGUGGGGGAGGUCUUACCUCAGUGCCACUUGGGAUUCGGGCCACCAAACAGCUUCCUGUUCUCCUGUUCCUGUUUGCCUGGGCCUGCAAGUUUACCAGCUUGAGGGAUGAGGUUGAGGCCUACUGGCUUCCCUCCAAGCUGCUGGAUUGUGGCCAGCGACUCCUGACCCAGGUGAUAUUCUCUCCCCUGCGGUGGCUGCCGGCGUGGGUCCCCCCCCACAGCCUGUGUCCCUCUGGGGCCUUCCCUGUGGCCCCUGCUCAGGGCCAGAGGACCGCGUGGGGGUACUCUGCCAUGUCCAAGGGGGUACCCUAGUGCUAAAGGGGGGUACCCUUCCACGUCCAAGGGGUACCCCGCCGCUAAAGGGGAGUACUCUGCCAUUAAGGGGGGAACCCUGUCACUUCUCCUCGGGCCCGGUUGAGGUGUAGGAGCCCGAGGCAUCGCCAGGACCGCGUGCCUGGGGGCUCCAGACACGCGGCUUGUAUCUUUUCAUUAGGAUACGCGACCGUCAUGUACCACGCGGGAAGCGCGACCUACCCGGCCUGCAUCCACAGCUGGGGGCAGUGGAUGGCGGACAGCAUGUUCCCGUCAGGAUCGGGGGAGGGACUCUGGUGUGUCGGGAGCCUCCUCGGCAGGUGAGGUAGGCUCCCCUGGGCCUCUCUCCCCUGUUCCCCCCCUACCCCUUGUCGCUCCGUUUAUCUGGUUCCCCCUGGUGUCAAUUGCGGGGCCCGGCUUGCUCCGGGGGCCUCUGCCCCCACCCCCACCCCCGUGUGUGGGGUCCUUUCCCAAUCCAUCCCCCCUUUUUCCUUUUUCUUUCCCUCCUUGGUGUGCUCCAUGUUCCUGGGGGUCCCUCUCCCCUACCCUCCCCUCCCCUCCCCUCUGUGUUUCCCUGUUCUAUCUGUGUGUCCCUGUUCUAUCUGUGUGGUCCCCCCUGCUGGUCACUUACCUUGGCUGCCUCCUGGUGUGGAGCGUGGGUCACCUUCUCACCGUUGCACAAAUCCUGGAACAUCUUGGAAGAACACAGUGGAAGCUGAAUUCCGUGUCUUCUGUCUGGACCUUCUCCGCUUGUUAUGCUGCGGGCGAUACGCCGGGCAUUGGCUGGUGAGUACGUUGUUCCUUCUUUUAUCUAGUCGGAUUCCUGGGGGGGGGGUCUUAGCGCUAUAAAAAAAUAAAAAUUAAAUAACAUUAAUAAAUAAAAUAAAAAUGGAUAAAUAAAAUGACAAUAAAAAAGAGAGAAACAGUGCAUGGACACUGCUUACCAGGGAGUCCACUCUGGUAUUCCCCCCCCCCAAUUCUCAAUAUUUAUUGUAUGCUUUAGUACAGUUUCCUGCAGCUUCCUGUGCAGCUAAGAGCGCUGGCGAUAUCUCAUAGGAGGCGGGUGUUUCAUGUGGCUCUGGGCACUGCUAAUGUGCGCUAGUAUGGCCCGCUUGGCUUGCACUUCUCGCAAAAUAUUAGGGAGCAGAUUGGGGAAGGGUUUUUUAUUAGAGAUGGGUUCCCUCCUGCCACUGGGGGUCCCUUGAUUGAGAGGGUAAAAAAUACCGUACUCAGAUACACCACAUGACAUGCGGGAAUUGUGUCCGGGCAUCGUAUGUUAUGGAUAGCAUUGUCGAGGAUAGGGCUCCCUGAGAAUGCUUGUGUUGUUCUGCUGUCUGGACACCCUCUGGGAUGCGUGUCGUCCGUAGGGUGAGCUG